CCUUUUUUGAGGUUCCCUUCCCACAAUCAAAUUGGGAAAGAAAUUCAAAAUGGAUAAAGAUGUAGAAACUCAGCAGAUGUUCCAGAAACCACGUUGCAAAACGUAGAGGACACCGAUGCAUCUCCAACAUUGCCACGUAUCCUUACGCUAUUCCCAUUUAAACCUCGUACCUGCUUAUUCCACUGUAGAACAACUUCGUAUCAAUCCGAAAGUUAAACUGAAGCGAAACAUUAACACAAACACCAUGCAGGCAAUGAAGGAGAAAUCGGAGAUCGACCCACAAGAGAGCAGCCAUGUUGAACCAAGGCCUCAAAGGAUUGGUGAAAAGAAAGUGAAGGAUCUGAUCGUCGACAAGAGAAGACUAGUGGAAGUUCCGUACACGGCGUCUUUGGCGGAUACGAUGAAUGCUCUGAUGGCAAACAGGGUGGUGGCGGUUCCGGUGGCUGCGCCGCCGGGACAUUGGAUUGGAGCGGGAGGGUCAAUGAUUUUGGAGUCCGAUAAGCAAACUGGUGCUGUGAGGAAGCAUUAUAUUGGGAUGGUUACCAUGCUGGAUAUACUUGCGCAUAUUUCUGGGAAUGAUGUUUUUGAAGCUGGGAAGAAUGUAGUGGAUGAUUUAGACAAGAAGAUGUCUGUCCCUGUUUCUUCCAUCAUUGGCCAUUGCCUUGAAAGUCUCAGCCUUUGGACACUUAAUCCCAACACCAGCAUACUUGAUUGUAUGGAAGUGUUCAGCAAGGGAAUACACCGGGCCCUGGUGCCUGUGGACAGCCACCUUGAGAAUGUGGCGGGAGUUGAACUCGUGGAAUCCGCAUCCAGCUACAGAAUGCUGACACAAAUGGAUCUUCUCAAGUUCCUGAAAGCACAUCAUGAAGGCCAGCUAAGAGGUCUUCUAACCCGGAGCCUCCGACAAGCAGGAGCACUCACGGAUGUCAUCUUUGGUGUAACGGACAAGGCUCGAGUCAUUGACGUAAUUAAGUGCAUGAGGACUGCUUCCUUAACUGCUGUCCCAAUCGUCCAAUCUUCUAGCUCAAUCCAGGAGGACCAUGCUCAACUAGUCAAUGGGAAACAGAGGAAGCUGGUGGGGACGUUUUCGGCCACGGAUUUGAGGGGUUGUCCAGUUUCUCAACUGCAAGGAUGCCUCAAACUGGGAGUGGUGGAAUUCCUGGAGAAGCUUGCGGAGACGCCGUUGCAUCAGGCUGCUUGUUUGAGAAGCUCGGUGAGGGACCCGGUGGCUUGCCGGGAGGAAUCGCUUCUGGGCGAAGCUGUUGACAAAGCGAUAACUUACGGAGUGCAUCGAGUUUGGGUGGUAGAUGGGCAAGGUUUGCUUGAUGGCCUUAUAUCACUCACUGAUAUGAUUAGAGUCAUGAGGGCUUGGCUUCUUAAUGAGCAGCUCUAGAUAGAUAGUUACUUUUUGGGUGGACUUCAGAGUUUUACUU